AUGGUCUCACUACAUACGUAUUAAGGUAACACCUAUUGCACCUUACACAGCGUUGCCAAACUAUAUCAAUUUUUCAUUAAUUUUAUUUAUUUAUUUUUUUCCCCCUAAUUUUUUCAACUUGAGGUCGGUCGUCGGGGCGAACCCUACCGUCUUUCAUGCCGACACAGAAAGGUGGUAGCAGAGUCAUAGAACCCUAUGACUCUAGGGUUCUAUGACUCUGGUUAGAGUAAUAGAAUACUAUUACUAAUUAAUACUAUUACGUAAUAGUAUUCUAUUACUCUGCUCUGGGGGUAGGGUUCGCCCCGACGACACGAGAGCGAUAUUUUGAAAUCGUGAAUUUUGUGCCACUGGCGGGCUGAGUGUGUGCUUGUGUGCGUGUGUGCGUGUGUGGUGUUUGUUUACAAAAAUACAAACGCAGCUACCUGUCGGUUUUAGAUUGUUUCAUUAGAAAACUCAGUGCCAAAGAGAAUAUGAACUCAAGUUAGUUACCAUGGCAAGUGGAAACAGUGAAGAUCCUGAAAUUGGCUCGGAUUAUGGGCAGUAUUGCUUGGAAGAUAUUCCUGCUGCUCAAGCAAAUCGAUUUGAAUUUGGAAAAGGAUAUGAUGUAUCUUUUUUUCAAGAUAUCAGGGAAAAAUAUCAAGGAAGAAAGAACAACAAUCAAAGGAGAACUCAACAUCCAACCUUGUUCAAGGCGCUCCAAGAUAUCCCACCCACCCAGCACUUUGGUUGGAUUUCAAGAAGCGCAAAGGGACCUGCAGCUCGAGAAAACAAAAACAGCUAUAGAAGAUGGCAUGGAUCAUUUUACACUGUCAGCAUCCAAAAACACAAAGGAGUGGUCUACUGAUGUUGGUGGGUAUGGAAACCUUGCCAAUGAAUUCAUGCAAACUCCAGAGUGCCAUGCUGUAGUAGAUACAUGGACUAGCAUCGUAAGAAAACACCAAUUGGCG